GCCCUUCUUCACAGUUCACACGUUCCUUUCUCUCUCUCCCUCCCCCUCCAUUGUCAUAGGUUCCAUCCAGUUGCUGCAAGUUUCUUCCUCUCUGAGCCAUCGUAGCCGCCAUUUCAUCAUUUUUUCCCGUCGUGUGCACGCAAAUCUUCCAAGAAAACCACCCGGAACCCAAAAAAGUUACGACCAUUGCACGUUUCGCCGAUCCGAAACCGCAAGAAAACGCCUAAUUCCGUGGUUCCCGAGGCUCCCGCACCAAGGAAAAGUUGGAUCUUGCUUGGAUUCUUUUACUCUUUGAGAGUAGCAGAGCGGCGCGGUGGUACAAAUGGGGAGGAGGUGGCACGCAGUCGCCGCGCUUGGCGCCGCGUACGCGGCCACCGUUGCCGUCGCCGUCGCCACCGACAGGGGGUUCUCGCUGUCGCUUGCCGGAGCCGCCGUGGCGCCUGAGGAGGAGAUGAGUAUGCUGCAGAAGGUCGCCAAAUUGAUGUGGAAGAAUGAUGGCAACUCAUACCAUCACGUUUGGCCGGAAAUGGAAUUUGGAUGGCAAAUUGUGCUGGGGUCGCUGAUCGGAUUCUUCGGCGCAGCAUUCGGGAGCGUUGGUGGUGUUGGCGGCGGCGGGAUCUUUGUGCCGAUGCUGACACUGAUCAUUGGGUUUGAUCCAAAGUCGUCGACUGCGAUAUCCAAGUGCAUGAUCAUGGGAGCAUCUGUUUCAACUGUCUACUAUAAUCUCAAGCUGAAACAUCCGACUUUGGAUAUGCCGGUGAUCGAUUAUGACUUAGCCGUGCUCAUCCAGCCUAUGCUAAUGCUUGGGAUCAGCAUUGGUGUUAUUUUCAAUGUUCUAUUUCCCGACUGGCUGGUCACAGUUCUCCUGAUAGUCCUUUUCCUAGGCACAUCAACUAAAGCCUUUCUGAAGGGCGUUGAGACAUGGAAGAAAGAGACAAUAAUCCAAAGGGAGGCUGCAAAACGGUUGGAGCAAACAAGUGAGGAAGCAGAGUAUGCACCACUCCCUACUGGACCAGGUGCGGCAGCUGACGCAAAAAUCCCUUCAGAUGAGGCGACAUCAGUUAUGAAGAACAUUCACUGGAAGGAGUUUGGUCUUCUCUCAUUUGUGUGGGUGGCGUUCCUUGUGCUUCAGGUCACAAAGAACUACACUGCUACUUGCUCCCCAUGGUACUGGGUCUUGAACCUUCUCCAGGUCCCAGUGUCAGUAGGAGUGACAAUGUACGAAGGGCUUGGGCUGAUGAGUGGCAAGAGGGUGUUAUCAUCUAAAGGCAGUGAACAAACUACCUUGAAACUUCAUCAGGUAUUCAUAUACGGCCUAUUCGGCAUCACUGCAGGACUUGUCGGUGGUCUGCUAGGUCUUGGAGGUGGCUUCAUUAUGGGGCCACUAUUCUUGGAGCUCGGCAUCCCUCCCCAGGUUUCAAGUGCUACAGCCACCUUUGCGAUGAUGUUCUCAUCUUCCAUGUCGGUUGUUGAAUACUACCUCUUGAACCGGUUUCCGGUGCCUUACGCUGUUUAUUUCAUCAUUGUGGCGUUCAUUGCUGCUAUCAUCGGCCAGCACGUGGUGAGGAAGUUGAUCAAUUGGUUAGGGCGGGCAUCACUUAUCAUCUUCAUAUUGGCCUUCAUGAUCUUCGUCAGCGCAAUUUCUCUCGGUGGAGUGGGCAUCUCAAACAUGAUUCACAAGAUUGAGCGACAUGAGUACAUGGGGUUCGAGGACCUUUGCAAGUACGAUGCAUAGGAAGCAGGCAACACUGAAGAUGUAAUGUGAUGGGUGGUUCUCCGCAAGCUAAAGUGGAAUUUGAUUCAAGAAUCAAAGGGUUCGAUGAUUCGAUUUUUGGUGCAUGCAACUGAAGAGAUUCUAGUCGUGCGACAGCGUGGAAGCGAGGCUAGCUGCACGGAUUGGAAUCGGAUGCAUUUUGGAGCAUGUGUUUCAGUUGUUUCUGAUUUCCAGUUUAAUUCGAUUCAGUGCGUAUUGCUAUCACUUUGUACGGAUUUUCCUAACAAAUGCAGAGCUGGUUUUCUGCCA